GUGCGGGGAGAAGGGUGAGGCGACGCGGGACCGCUCAGUCGGCGUCCGGCGGGAGAUGCGAAUGGAGGGUUCGAGCUGCGCCCCCCGCGCCAUGGCCUUCCGCCCGCGCGACAGCGACUGCAGCCCCCCGGCGCCGCCGCGCUGGGCCCACGGCAGGAAGCGCGGAGCCGACGGGAAGCAACGGACGCCGAGCGGGCCUGAGGACGAGGACCAGCCGCGGGCCAGGCCGGCGGGCGGCCGCGCCGAGAGCUUUACAACGCCGGAGGGCCCUGGGCCUUUAUCAAGGUGUUCAGACUGGGGAGCUACAGUUGAAGAAGAUGAAAUGAAGACCAGUGUUAAUAAAGAAAUUGCAAGAUAUAGAAGAAAGCUUUUGAUAAACGAAUUUUCAAGAGAAAGGAGGUCCUCUUCUGGAAGUUCGGAUUCAAAGGAGUCUACUGUAGCAGUUGAACUCGAGACAGAUGAAGUGGUUCUAAUGAGAAGGCAAAAGCAGAUAAAUUAUGGAAAGAACACAAUAGCAUAUGACAGAUAUAUUAAGGAAGUUCCAAGGUGUCAUCGAAUACCAGGGGUCCAUCCCAGGACUCCAAACAAAUUUAAGAAAUAUAGCCGCAGAUCCUGGGACCAACAGAUUAGACUGUGGAAGGUUGCUUUGCAUUCUUGGGACCCUCCUGCUGAAGAAGGAUGCGACUUGCAAGCAAUGACUCCUAUUGAUCUUGGUGAGAUGGAAACGGAAUCCACAGCAAGUAAUUCUACUGAAUCUCAAGCAAGUUCUCAAGGCAAUGAUGAUACCUAUUCUGGCACUCCCACUAAGGUUAGACAUGUUGACUAUCAAGUGGAAGGUGAAUUUGACCUGGAGGCAUGUUUGAGUGAGCCACUUAAAGACUUCAAUUCUGUGAGCUAAACAGCAUUCUUUCCCAGGAGUCUGCACAUGUUAUUUUUAAAGAUUUGGUGGAGUAUUAACAACCUAGAUGCUCUCUGCUGGUUGAUAACAGAAUUUGAACAAAGUUAAGGGUUGCUUCCAAAGUUGUGGUUUAUUUUAAUUAUUUUUCUGGACCAAAUUUGUCAAAGAAUAGAACUUAAGCUGUGUAACUUCCAGUUUGUCUUUUUAAUAUAUGUAUAUCAGUUGUUUUUAUAAGACUUUUUAUAAUAGAAGCCAGCCAGACUGUUGCCCUUCAGCAAACUUAAGUAGCUGGGUGAAAUAUCAAGUUGUUUUUCCUGUCCAUAAGUAAGUUUAUAGUUUGUGCUAUUUUGGCAGUCAGCAGAGCAACUCCUUAUCCUCAGAAAAGGGUCAGGAUAUGCAAGUAUAUUUGAGCAUUUGUGCACUGCCCUGCUGCAUGCACAGGCUUGACCACAAAGGCCUACCUUGCAGGCACUUCUUGAAGCCAUGGCCUUGUAAUGCUGCCAAUCAGUGUUGAUAAACUGAAACUUAAGGCAGCUAGAGUGGCCUGUAUUAACUAGCUUAUGAUCAGAUUUGAAACGUUCUGUCUGAAGGUAGUUUCCAGCAUCGCCUAGUCCUUAAUGUUUUUGGCACGAUAUCCUAUCAAUGACAGACCUGUGUAAAUAGUUUUGUUCUUGAGGUUUUCGUUUUGCGUGACUUUUUUUUUCCAAAUGAGAGAAAUUCGCUUAAUGCUCUUUUGUAAAGAUGGGGAAAAGAAAAUAGUACAAGAUAAAUGAGGCUUUAGUAUAGUGAAAGAAACAAGCAAGCAACAACAGAAUCCUGGAAUUGUGGCAGUAGUGUUUUAAGAAACAGUAGUCAUUUGGUACUUGUAAAUAGUCAUGGAUAUUCAAUUUGUUUAACACCUGCAGGAAAAAAGCAUCUAUCUAGGGAAAGCGCUUGAUUUUUUUUUUUUUUUUAACUGCUUUAAUGUAAAGCUGUUGUAAAUGAUACCUUUUUGUACAGACUUUCUGCUGAAAGCAGUUAAUGUUUCUAUUGCUUUUUGUAUGAGACGGUGUUUUUAAAAAAUAAAUGUACAUGUAACUUAA